AUGAGCGCUUCUAAAAAGAGUUCUGGGGGCCUUUAAAAAGAGGUAGAUUUCUUUUAAACCCGACUAUCCACACUUGGUUGGUUAAGCUCUUCUCGUCCGUUUUCGCUGUUUCACCACUCUGAAGAAGUUUUUCUUGUUUACCAUUUGACGCCAAAAACACUUGUCAUUGUGGAGAGACUAAAAGAACCAGAAAGGGCGUGUCAACUAGGACUAAUUCAGAAGCAACAUGGCUGCUUACGAAACGGACGUGGAAACCCAUAAGGCGAAACUAGCUGACAUAGAUGACGAGUCAGGCGACGAAAAUACGGAGAGAGGAAACUGGUCGUCCAAGCUGGACUUCCUGUUGUCCUGUCUGGGGUACGCCGUGGGGUUGGGAAACGUCUGGAGAUUCCCGUACCUGUGUUACAGAAACGGAGGAGGGGCUUUCUUUAUCCCAUACUGCAUUGCGCUGGCCUUUCUGGGAAUUCCCAUCUUCCUGCUAGAGUUGGCCAUUGGUCAGUACUCAAGUGCCGGUCCAUUCACCUGCUGGAAGUACUCCCCUAUUUUCACAGGUAUUGGUUACGGGAUGUUCAUCGUCUCUGCUUUGGUGGCCAUUUAUUACAACAUGAUCAUUGCCUGGGCGUUUUUCUACCUCUUUGCGUCCUUCACGGAUGAACUGCCUUGGCAAUCCUGUGGAGACUGGAGUACAAACCUGUGUUAUGACAAUGUUAAGAUCUUGAACAAAACCUGGGAGAGCUGCAAUGGAAACAACAGAUGGGGCAAGGUUUGGGAAGCAAACGUGACACAGGGCAUCUGCUAUGAAACUGGCAUGUUGAACAAGAAGGAGGGAGUCCGUGCCUACUUAGAUGCCGAUAAGGCCAAAGAUUAUUUCCCAAGAACUCUCCCCUCUCAGGAAUACUUUGACAAUUACGUCACUGGGUCCGGAUAUAGCAGCGGCUAUGACGACUUGGGCGGAGUCCGCUGGCAGCUGGCCCUGUGUUAUCUCCUAGCCUUCAUCUGUGUCAUCCUGGCCCUCAGCAAGAGCAUCAAGACAUCCGGAAAGGUUGUGUACUUCACGGCUACUUUCCCCUAUAUAGUGCUUGUCAUCCUGUUUAUUCGAGGCCUUAUGUUGGAAGGAAUGGAGGAAGGAAUCAGAUUCUACAUUACACCCGAUCUAAAUAGGCUGUCAGAUGCUCAGGUGUGGAAGGACGCCGCCGUACAGAUUUUCUUCUCUCUCUCAGCAUCUUGGGGAGGUCUGAUCGCUCUGGCCAGUUACAACAAAUUCCACAACGAUUUGUUAAGAGACACGUUAAUCGUUACUUUUGGCAACUGCCUGACCAGUGUAUUCGCGGGGUUCGUCAUCUUCUCCUACCUGGGCUACCUGUCCACCUACAUGGGCCUCCCUGUCGACGAGGUAGCCAAGAGUGGACCGUCAUUGACCUUUGUUGUGUAUCCAUUCGCCGUCACUAAGAUGCCCAUUUCCCCGCUGUGGGCCAUUCUGUUCUUCGUCAUGUUGAUUACACUUGGAGUGGACAGCGAGUUUGUGUUGGUUGAGACUGUUAUUACGUCACUGAUGGACCGUUUCCCCAAGUUACGUAAAUACAAACUGUUCACCGUCAUGACCUGUUGCCUCCUCUUCUUCCUGCUCGGACUCACCUUAACGACAGAUGGCGGUAUAUACAUGUUAUCAAUCAUGGAUACCUACUCUGGAGGAUGGAGUAUUCUGUUCAUCGCCAUCUUCGAAUGCAUCUCCGUCGGUUGGGUAUACGGUAUCUUCCGAUUCUUGGACGACAUCAAAUUGAUGACUGGUAACACGUUUUGCUGUUGCGUCCCGUUCAUCGCCUUCAAAUACUGGUGGAUGCUGUGCUGGUGCUUCAUCACCCCUCUCCUGGCAGCGAUUAUCAUGGUGUUUUCCUGGGUGGACUACACAGGGAUGGACAAUGGUGCCGAGUAUGACGUGUACGCUGACCUGAUGGGCUGGGGGAUGACCUUGGUCACCAUUGUGUGCAUUGUAGGCACGGCAAUAUACGUCAUCUGCAAAACCGGGGGCAUAAGUGAAGCUAUGAAGCCAAACAUCGAAUGGGGUCCGGCACUGGUCAGACAUCGUCGUGAGGCGGAGUACCACACAAAGAGAUACGCAUCGGACUUCAUCGUCGAUCCAUGGGGACUGGAAACUGCCAGUCCAAAUGACGUCCAACUACAGGUUGAAAACAAGUCAGGACUACAAAAUACUGGAUAUGUCCCUCACGCCGAGGAUUCUUCUAAGUUUUAAAAAUCUUGAGUAACAAGAAAGGUGUUGACAACGAGGGCUUUUCCAAUAUUCGGGUGUGAACAAAUUAUAUAAGAACACUUUGAUAUUGCGUCGAAAGAAUUCUCCACAUUGGCAGAAGAAUGCGAUUUCGGACAAAAAGCGGGACAAAGAGAGAAAACACUUAAAACAUUUGCAUUUAUUCCUUACAACUAGCGCAAUUUUGUCGUAUUUUAUCAGAAACAUUUUUACUCCGGAGAAACACUUUUAGAGGACAUGCAACGGUGUAUUAGCCUUGAUUAAGAAUGCAGAAGUUGAAAUUUUAAUUGCAACAUAUAGUGAAUAUGAUGAUUUGAGGUUUUAAGGGGAGGUUCAUGUAAAACAAAUCAACCUUUGACAGAGAUUUUAAUUUUAGAAAAUAUAGUAUUUACUUAGUUUUACGGUUAUAAAUUCUACUAGUUUGUACUUCGUACAAUAUACGCUGCAUUUGCAUAAUAGAGUGAUUCACUCAUUUCAUUUUUUUUUUUUUUUACAUUUUAUUGUACCUUGAUCGUGUAUAUAUAUAUUUUAUCUGGUGACUUUCCAAUAUUUUUGUGAAUAUUUUUAUACAUUGUCGAUCUUCUUGUGAGAUAAUAUAGUGCUUUUAACAAUUUUUAUUACCAGAUCUAAUAAUCGAAUAUUUUAUUUCUGAUGGAGUUAUAUAUUAAGUAGAUAAUAAAGUGAUUUUAAAGAUAA